AUGGCCAACUCGCUCGUCUUGGUGACUGGUGCAACCGGCCACUUGGGCUUCAAAGUCUUGCUUCUCGCUCUGAAAGAAGGAUAUGAAGUCAAAGCCGCGAUCCGCAAGGCAGAGCAAGAGUUGAGAAUUACCAGGGUCAAGUCUAUACAGCCUUACCUCAAGAAUUUGACCUUCGUCGUGGUGCCUGAUAUCACGGCAAAGGAUGCUUAUGUCAACGCCGUGAAAUCGGUAGACUAUGUCAUUCAUUGCGCUUCUCCCAUUGCCAGCAAUGCAAAUAAUCAAGGGGAAACGUGGUCGCACCUCUUCUACGACCCUGCUAUUCAAGGAACCAUUAGCAUGCUCGAAGCGGCGACAAAAUCAUCAUCUGUGAAGCGGGUCGUCAUAACCUCCAGCAUAUUCGUCCUCGAGGGCUGGAACACAGGAAAGACAGCAGGGGCCCUCGACAUCAUCCCAGCCCCGUCAAAGUCCAAUGCAGACAAUUCUGUCAGCCGUGUUGAGGCAUACGCAUUGUCGAAAAUUUUCGCGCAUCACGCUGCCAAGGAAUUCUUCGAAGCCCACCGACCUUCUUUCGGCUUGAUACGCAUUACAUCCGGCUACGUUCAAGGCGCAAACGAACUCAACGAGUCGACCACAGACGCUCGAAAUGGCUCCAACAACGCACUCAUGCAUUGCUCUUGGAGAAACGGAGCCCACGUCGCUAGCUUGUCUCCAGGUGUGAAAGCCAGCGGAGCUCAUACGAACUUCAUAGUUGCGGGCAACGGUGGAAGAGGCAUUCCAUGGGACGAGUUUGGGACCGAGAUUCGGGAACGCUUUCCUGAGGACGUUGCUUAUGGAAGGUUAAACCCCGUGGCUGGACAGGAGAGCCUGCUCACCUCGUUUGAUGUGAGAUCUAGUGAGGAGGCGUUGGGCUUCCGCUUCGCAGGGAAGAAAGAGAUGGUGGAGAGCCUUGUUGGCCAGUAUCUCAAGCUGCUGGACUCAGUGCAGGGAACCCGUCGACGACAGUUAUGA